AUGUCGGAAACACGAAAGAAACCUCGAUCUCGUCGUUCAUUUGAUGAUCUACCUGAAUUAACAACGCUAGAAAAAACUAUUGCAAAAUAUCUACGAUUUCAAUGUUCAACAAAAAAAGGAAUUUUAAUGGGUAUGCAAGUUGUUUAUUUUAAUGGUUCAAAAGCAGUUGAAUGUCUUACUGAAUCUAAAUGGUCAUCAAUAAGUACGAAAUGUUCAAAUAAUGGUAAAAAUCCAAUUUGUUUCUCAUCAAAACAUGAUGCUGUACAGAUGCUACGAAAAUUUUUGGAUCAUGAAAUGUUUCGUCGCGUUAUUAAAGUUUAUAAAGAUAAAAAUCCUUCAACUGAACCUGCUGAUGAUACAUCACAAUCGAAUACACCACGUCCUAUUCGUCAACGAAAGGCAAAAACUGAUGAAACAACUGUUGAAAGUUUAACAAAUGAAGAUAAAAUAAAAAAGAAAAAAUUUAAAUUUGAAUUACAUGAUGAUCAAAUAUUUGUUGAUUCAUUCAAUGAUUUUUAUGUAUGGAUUUAUUCACCAACAACAAUAAAGCAAUAUAUCAUAGGUGGUUUACUUGUUAUUGGUUGUAUUGGUAUUUGUCUUUUUCCAUUAUGGCCUGCUGAAGUACGCACUGGAGUGUAUUAUUUAUCAAUGGUACUCGCUAGUUUACUUGGUUUAUUAUUAUCAUUAGCUGUUUUUAAAUAUAUUAUUUUUGCUUGUAUAUGGUUAAUAACAAUGGGUAAAAUUAAAUUUUGGUUAUUACCAAAUUUAACUGAAGAUGUUGGAUUUAUUGAAUCAUUUGUUCCAUUAUAUGUUAUUAAUGCACCAAAAAAAGAUAUCAAAAAUAAAAAAGAAUUAAUUAAUAAUCAAAAUGAAAAUGAACAAAUGAAUAAAGAGAAAUUUUUAUUAGAUUCAUCAGAUGGUAUAAAUAAAAAGAAUAAACACCAAAAAUUAAUUGAUGAAGGUUUUGAAGUACUUUCAAAAGAUGAACUUGAAACGAAAUAA